ACUGAAAUACAUGUCGACAUCACGAUGGCAGUGCCCCUCGGCAGUACCUCAAAGAAGCUUCCCUGAAUGAGCUGAGUCAGAACCGAGGGACGAUCGCGACUGAAUCCGGUAGAUAUUUCAAACGGAAAGCCCAGUUGUUCCGAAAUUAACGCGAUGGAGAUCGAGGUCGUCAGCGCGGGGAGCUCUAAGCUCAUAUCAAUGGUGAAUGUCACCACUGACAGUACCAUAGGUGAGAUCAAGCAGCAAUUAUAUAAGCUGAAAAAGGCACCUUACCCAGCUCGACAGAGCUUACGUUCAGAAGCUAAGGGGAAAUCUUUAGCGGAUACAGAGACUACAAAAUCGUUGGGUCUUAGAGCUGGUAGCAAACUCUACUUCAAGGACCUUGGUCCUCAAAUUGGGUGGAGAACUGUAUUCCUUGUUGAAUACGCUGGACCAAUUUUUGUGUACCUGUGGCUGUAUCAGCGCCCCUGGUUGUUCUAUGGCGACGUUACUGUAAAAAAAGUUGAACAGGUUGUGAACUGGGCAGCAAUUACAUGGACAAUACACUACGCCAAGCGGCUUUUUGAAACGGUUUUUAUACACCGUUUCAGCCAUGGUACAAUGCCAUUACGAAAUCUUUUCAAGAAUUGCUCCUAUUACUGGCUAUUUGCUAUGUAUGUAGCUUAUCACAUCAAUCAUCCGCUGUAUACUGCACCAGAUCUAUCGCUCUCAUAUAUCGGUCUUACAAUCUUUGCCGUCUGUGAAUUGGGGAAUUUGAGCAUCCAUCUGGCUCUGCGAAAUCUUAGACCAGCUGGGACAACAGUUCGAAAGAUUCCAGUUGCUACUGGAAAUCCUUUAACUGCUCUUUUCAACUUCGUAUCAUGUCCUAAUUACACUUAUGAAUUCGGAAGUUGGGUCGGCUUCACCAUCAUGACAAAGUGCCUUCCAGCGGGAAUAUUCGCAUUAGCUGGGAUGUACCAAAUGACUAUGUGGGCACUGGGAAAGCAUAGGGCAUACAAAAAGGAAUUCUCAAACUACCCACGCAGCAGGACGGCUAUUCUGCCUUUCAUUCUUUAACAUCAUACCUCAUUCAACAAUGGAUCCUAGGAAUGGAACGUGACGUAAAUAAAUACCUAUUAGUUUUUGUUUUUUUUUCUAAUUUGAAGCCCCAAUGAUCUCUGACUGCGCAGAGCAUUCCACAGGACUUGUAGUUGCUGUUGCUAUAUAAUAAACAAAACUUUUAUAUCAA